GGUGUCUUGAGCACAAAGCAGGUUGAAAACCUUAUCAUUUUCUUACAAGAGCCCAGACAAGUCAAUCGAGAAACCCUGAGGGGAAUUGUUCAGGAUCGUUUCCAUACUUUCUGUCAGGCCGAAAUUGCAAUGACUGGAGAGCCAAGAGACCGGCUUGCAGCUCCCUCCGGACCCGAAGAUGCGGGCACUUGGUAUUAUACUACACUGUCAGUCCAAGGAGGGACAUGUCGGGGAAUUCUGGGACACUGAGAGCCCCACAAUCCAGGCUCUUAUUGCGAAAGGUCUCAACUCUGAAUUUGUGUACGGCUUUGAUUGGCAUUGGCGUGCAGAGGAAUCUGCACGACGUCCCGGAAGAGCCAACUGCCCAGCCACUCAUUGGACGCAAGCGAAGCGCUCUUUACAUGAUGGUUUUUCAUCCGAUAUCCUCGAAAUUCUCAGCUUGCCCUGGUUGAUAAUUGGAGGGUCUUGCGCAAAGAACAGCUACAAACGAACCCUAUCAUCCCAGUCCCGGCUGAUUACGCUACCUCUUUCGCCUGAGAUUGAUCUUCAAUUCGAACUCGAGAUCAGGGCGAAUAGGAUCAAGCGUAUUGCGACAUACGUCCCCCAUCCGUCAUCGGGCUUCUUUCAUCCAUCAUUUGCCUCGGCCUACGCAACAAUUCUGGAUGCCGGUAUUAGCUUUUUCCUUUGGCUGCAACGCAAGGACGAUACCCCGAGUUUCUUCACAGCAACGAAGUCGGCAAUUCUGCGAGGCAUUCCCGGUGCGGCGCCCUUUCGAGAGCUCUACCAGUAUCGGCAACGCGAGGAAGUUCUCGGCAGAAAGCUCACUGAAAACGAAUAUCAACCUCCGUUCUUGAUCUGGGCUGCGAAGUACUUAUCCGAGCGUCCUUCGGCCAUCCUAAGCCGUGGAGAUUCUCUAGCAAAUGUCAUCAUCAAGAAAAUCGGUCAAGCGAUCAGUGCAAAGGCGGCAAAUCGGCGAAUGACCGGAUACAAACCUUCUCCGGCCCUGAGUAGUUCUGGCAGGAAGGGGACUGCAUCACGCUACGGAUACACUUUCAAGCGGUCCUGGGACGGAGAAUGCGUCACGGUCACGAAAAAGGGGUUAUUCAAAAUCUUCUUAUCUGAAGACCAGCCCAAUCUUGAGUUGAAUGGAAGGAAGCGACUCUACGAUCUUGUGGCACAGUCUUCAGACCCGGUAACAAUUCAUUUUUCAGCAGAAGUUAUCAUGCUCCAACAAGGCGGAAAAGUUGUUUUUCAACAAGCCUGCACCAACAUUAAGGAUCUGGGGCAACGAGAACGGUGGACUGAGCAGGUCAGAAUCGAAUGCACAAGGAGUUAAGUGGUCCCAUUUAGAGGGCCCCUGGGAGAGGCGAACGAACGAACAAUUGUGUAGAGAAUAAUCAGCCUGAGCG